UCCACUCCAUCCUAUUCAUACCACCGUGACUUGUAACGUGUAGUGACAGACAGAGGAGAUAAGGAUCACUGUACACAACUAGACUUUAGGCAAAGUGGAGAUAACAGCAGCUGACAACCGCUUCAAUUGCAAAGAAAAAUAGUAUAGAGUUACUGAAAAAGAUCUCAUUGGAGAGGGUGAAAUAACGGGACCCGACGGAGAACUUGUGAACAGGAUUGCAGAAAGUUUAGUAUACUUAGAAGGAAACAGAAAAUUAAUCGAGCACUUUUAUUAAUUCUUUAGUAUUUCUAUUAAUUUUCUUUGUGCUGAAGCAUGGAACGCAAGAUACCUGAUUUCUCUGGAACCUGGAAAAUGAAAAGUUCGGAGAACUUCGAGGAGAUGCUGAAAGCACUGGGGGUCAACGUGAUGCUGAGGAAGAUCGCCGUGGCGGCAGCCUCCAAGCCCUUAGUGGAGAUCACCCAGGAUGGGGAGAGUUUCAGUAUCCGCACCAGCACCUCCGUCCGGACCACCCACGUCUCCUUCACUGUGGGCGUGUCCUUCAACGAGACCACUGUGGACGGGCGCCCAUGCACGAGUUUCCCCCGCUGGGAGACGGACAGUAAGAUCAGCUGUGAGCAGACCCUGCAGAAGGGAGAGGGCCCGAAGACCUCAUGGACCCGGGAGAUCACUAAUGACGGCGAGCUCCUCCUGACGAUGACUGCCGACGACGUGGUCUGCACCCGGGUCUACAUGCGAGAGUAAAAGACCGGAGCUGCCUUUGCCCGCCCCCUCCCCCCACCUCUGUCCUGGGUGUCUCCUAAUUGGGAAGUUUCUGUCUGUAACCCCUGGCGGUGUCCCCCGCCACCCUGCGCGGUUUGCUCUCUGCCGCUUGGCCCCGCCCCUCCCUGUGUCUCCUCUCGUCCACCAGCUGUGCUUCUCAUCGCUUCCUUUCAGCGCGUUAACUCUGUCUCUCCCAAGCUUUUAUAUUUAUUUUGCUAGCGUCUGUUACUCCUGCCGUUCUUUGUGUUUCUUUUAUACAAAAUGUGGUGUUCUUUUGAAAAAAAAAAACCAAAAAAAAAACCAAUAAAAUGCAACUCUGACUUCCAGAUGCAAAUCUCUUCUGUUUUAUUUUCCUUGGCUGUAAUCCAGUCUGCUGGCUCUGAGGGCUUAAUCACUUGCAGGUAUUAUCUCGGCAUAUGUAAUAGGUGAAACAGGAGUGAGAUUACAGAGGCACAGCUGGAGGUCAACGCAGUUCGUGGUCUGAGCAGGGAGCCCUGAGUGAGCGGGUGCGGCUCAGGCUUGGAUUAGACUAAUGAUUGACGAACUCCUCCACCCAUCAGUCACAUACACAGACGCAUUGGCACACAUCUUAUUUUAGCCAUUCUGUCAGCUGUCUGCAACUAGAAUAACCCGUCUGGCCCUGCACUCGUCACGCCUCUCUCCUUCCCCGCUUUCCAUCCCUCCAGAAGUGUGUUUCUUCAUCACUCUCACUGUUUGUCCUUCGUCGCUCUUUCUGUUGCUAAAGUGAGGGUGGCAGCAUCUGUGCUCUGCACUGGUGCUUUAAAAAGAGAGAAUAAAACCCUUCUGGGCAGAGGGGUUCCCACUUUCCAAUAUGUUUGCAGUUUGAACCAGCUAAAGCAGAAUAUUAUAUUGGUUGCUCAUUCCAUCAGAAUUCUCGGGGCAGAUGUACUGUUUUGAGGUUUAAAUUGGCCAAGUUGGUCUUGCCUGCAACUGGAAUUUGUUUUCUCUCCUUCAUAAUAAACGUACUGCUUUUCUGACAAAGAAA